AGAAAAAAAAAUCACUCGCCGUGCGUCGUGCGACGGGACGCGAUGCUCUCGUGGCCUCUACUCUAAGCACAAAGCACCUCCGACGACGGCGACUCACCGCCGGCGAGCCGAUCCGCGCUGCCGCUCCAUCCAUUGCGGCCCUAUAGCGCGUAUGUGAUCUGGAUCACUCUCUCCGGACUCCGGAUCAUCUUCCUCCAUGGGAUUAGGGGGCGCGAGAGGCGGCAUCGGGGGAGGGGGCGCCGGCUCGGGCGAGAGGUGGCGGUGGAUCCUCUUCCUCUCGCUGGUCUCCGUCUCCUUCCUCCUCUCGUUCCUCUUCCUCUUCCUCUCCGCCUACUCCUCCCCGACGCGCCUCCGCCUCCCGGGCCUCACAACCGCCCACGCCGCCGCCGGCGUCCGCCGUGGCCCCGACGCGCUGCCCUGCCUCGCGUACUUCCUCAUCGGCGCCCGGGGCGACGGGCCUCGCCUCCUCCGGCUACUCCUCGCCGUCUACCACCCCCGGAACCGCUACGUCCUCCACCUCUCGGCCGACGCCUCCAACGACGAGCGCCGGGACCUCGCUGCCGGGGUCGCCGCCGCUGCGCCCGCCGCUGUCGCGUUCGCCAACGUCGCGGUCGUGGGCACGCCCACCGCGGGGACGCCUGUCGGGUCCUCCGGCCUGGCCGGCACGCUACGCGCCGCGGCCGUUCUGCUCCGCCUCCACCCCGACUGGGAUUGGUUCCUCACCCUCAACGCCGCCGAUUACCCCCUCGUCACCCAGGAUGACUUGAUUCAUGCCUUAUCAUAUGUUCCAAGGGAAUUCAACUUCAUUGAUCACACUAGUGACGUUGGAGAGAAAGAAUCUGAAAAAGUGCAAUCAAUGAUAGUGGAUGCUGGAAUAUACUUGUCAGGGAGGACCAACUUUUUCCGAGCCUCACAGAAAAGACCAACUCCAGAUGCUUUUAAGUUCUUCACAGGUUCUCCAUGGGUUAUUCUAAAUCGGCGGUUUAUAGAGUAUUGUAUUCUUGGCUGGGAGAAUCUUCCUCGGGUUCUUCUCAUGUACUUCAACAACGUAGUGCUGCCUCAGGAAGGAUACUUCCACUCAGUCAUAUGCAACUCGGUUGAUUUCCGUAAUUCCACUGUGAACAAUGAUUUGAGGUACAAGGUGUGGGAUGAACCACCUCAGACAGAGCCCCUAUUUCUGAACAUGGCACAUUAUGAUGAGAUGGUGAACAGCGGACAGCCUUUUGCAAGGCGUUUUCAGAAGAAGGAACCAUUGCUGGACAAGAUCGAUGACAAACUACUCAGGCGUCCUGGGCAUGGGCCUGUUCCUGGUGCCUGGUGCUCAGGCAGGAAGGGCUGGUUCGUUGACUCAUGUUCCCAGUGGAGUGACGUGAACGUUGUGAAACCUGGUCCUCAGGCCUUGAAGUUGCAGCAAUAUAUCAAUCGGACAUUGGAAGAAGCAAAUUCUGGCGCAAAAUCAUGCAGGCGAUAGCAAUAUAACCUCUUUUGCAUAGGAAAAGGGGAAUAUCGAUAAUAUAACAGAGGGUAUUUAUAUAUAUAAUGAUCUGACCUGCUUUCUUGACCGUACUCCCUUCUUUAGCAAUAGGCACUGAAGGCCAGAGAGUUUCACUUCAUCUGUGGCUCCGCCAUGGCAUUGAAGGCCUAGAUGUUCGAGCAGGCUAAUUGAAGCAUAUUGGUCUGGUGUGCUGUUUCAUUGCUGAAUUCACAUUUGACAGAACUGGACAGGAAAGAGUAGAGCAGGUGGUAUGUUGGUCGUAUUAGCGUUGCUACCGUGUUCUCAUCUCCGCAGUGAGCUUGUAUGUGUCCAUUUCUCCCGAGAACCUCCAGUUGCCUACUCCCUCUGUUUUAGAACAUCAGUCCAUAUUUUGGGACUGCCAUUUUAUAAACCAUACUAAUUCAUAUUCUAAUCUUCAUUAAAAUAGCAACAGUAUCUUGAAUCU